AUGGGCUUAGAACAACCAAAACUGGAAGAUAUUCCAGUCGAUGAUAUCGAUUUCUCUGAUUUAGAAGCACAAUAUGCUGUUGAAGAUGAUACUUCAUUUGAUAAAUAUUUAGUUGUUGAUGGUGCACCAAUUGCUCCAGAAGCUAAAGUUCCAAUUUUAACUAAAGUUUUAACUAAAUUAUUAAGUCAACAUGGUACUGUCACCAAUUUCUAUAUGCCAAUUGAAGAUGGUAAAACUAGAGGUUUUGCUUUUGUUGAAUAUGAAACUCCGGAAAUUGUUGAAAAAACAAUCAAAUCAUUAAAUGGUAAAAAAUUAGAUGUUAAACAUAGAUUAUUCUUGAAUAAAUUAACUGAUAUUGAAAAAUAUGGUGCUGAAGGUAAUGUCACUGAUGAUUUCCAAGAACCUCAAUUACCGCCAUUUGAAGAAACUGAUUACUUAAGAUCAUGGUUACAAGAUGAAUCAGGUAGAGAUCAAUUUAUCUUACAAAAACAAGAAAUGGUUGGUGUUUUCUGGAACAAAAAGAAAGAAAACCCAGAACCUGCUAUUGAACCAAGAUUAAACUGGACUACUAGCUUCAUUAAAUUUUCACCAAAAGGUUCAUAUGUUUUCUCAAUUCAUCCUCAAGGUUUACAAGCUUGGGGUGGUAGAGAUUUCAAAAGUUUGAAAAGAUUCUCACAUCCAGGUGUUCGUCUGAUUGAUUUCUCACCAGAUGAAAAAUACUUGAUCUCAUUAUCACCAGAACCAAUCAUUUUACCACCAGAAGAUCAUCCAAAAAGAGCUUCAUUCCCAUUCGGUCCAGAAUCUGAAGGUCAUAAAUUAAUCAUUUGGGAUAUUGCUACUGGUUUACCAGCUCGUACUUUUGCCUUACCACCACAUUUAGAACAAAGAAAAGAAAUGAUCUGGCCAUUAUUGAAAUGGUCCCAUGAUGGUAAAUAUGUUGCCAGAUUAGGUCCAAAUGCUUUAGCUAUUUAUGAUGCAACUGAAGAUUUUGCAUUAUUAGAUAAAAAACCAUUGAAAAUUGACAACAUUAUGGAUUUCGAAUUUGCUCCACAUGGUGUUCAAUUAGCUACUGCUAAAAAACAAGAUCCAUUAACUCAUGUCUUAGCUUACUGGACUCCAGAAACUGGUAACCAAACUGCUAGAGUUGCAUUAUUAGAAGUUCCAUCAAAGAAAGUUUUAAGAACUAUUAACUUGUUCCAAGUUUCAGAUGUUAAAUUACACUGGCAAGAUAAUGCAGAAUAUUUAGCUGUUAAAGUUGAUCGUCAUACUAAAUCUAAAAAAACAUUAUUCACCAAUUUGGAAUUUUUCAAAUUAAAUGAAAAGGAAAUUCCAGUUGAAAAAAUUGAAUUAAAAGAUAGAGUUGUUAACUUUGGUUGGGAACCAAAAGGUGAUAGAUUUGUUACAAUUUCAAGACCUGAAGUUCAAGGUGCCAAUCCAGCUAUUGCAAGAAAUGCAAUCACUUUUUACGCUCCAGAAUUACCAUCAAAGGGUAAAAUUGCUAAUUUGAAAAAAUGGAUUGCAUUUAAAGUUAUCGAACCUAAAUUCAGUAAUACAAUUAAUUGGGCUCCAAAAGGUAGAUUCCUUGUCAUUUCCACUGUUGGUACAUCAUCUCAAGGUGGUUUAGAAUUUUAUGAUAUGGAUUAUCCAGGUGAAAAGAAAGAAUCUGAAUCAACUCAAGUUAACGCUCAUGUUAGAGAAAUAGGUAAAUUAGAAUAUGCUGGUUUAACAGAUUUAGAAUGGGAUCCAUCAGGAAGAUUUGUUGCCGCUUGGUCAUCAUUCUGGAGACAUAAAAUUGAAAAUGGUUAUAGAUUAUUAGAUUUAGCAGGUCAUGUCUUGAGAGAAGAAUUAAUAGAUGAUUUCAAAGCUUUCAUUUGGAGACCACGUCCAGAAUCAUUAUUGACUGGUGGUGAUCGUAAGAAAGUUAGAAAGAACUUACGUGAAUAUUCUGCUCAAUUUGAUGAAUCUGAUGCUAUGGAAGCCAGUGAAGCUACAAGAGAAUUAAUCUUGAACCGUCGUCGUCUAUUGGAAGAAUGGACCUCUUGGAGAUCUACUAUUGACUCUCAUAAAGAUGAUUAUGGUAUCGUUCAAGAAUCAACUUCAAAUGAAGAUGAAGAAGUCAUUGAAGAAAUUAAAGAAGAAAUUUUGGAAGAAAAAGAAGAAAUUGUUGCUUAA